AUGAUUACAGAUGCUCACGCUCAAGAUAUACCACCGAACCCGCCGGCUUCGCCGGGUGAAAAAAGCUUCACUGCCUACGAUACCCCUUCCUUACCAAGCUUGACAGGGGAUGUUGCAGGUGGCGAAUUCACUUGGUCGGAGGCCGAAGAAAGGGCAGCAGUCAGAAAGAUUGAUUUCCUGGUGUUACCACUUCUAUUCUUCGGCUUUUACGUCUUCCAGUUGGAAAGAGGCAAUAUUUCCAAUGCUUUGACUGAUGGAUUUUUGAAGUCGGUCGGAAUCACUCAAGAUCAGUUCAACACCGGACAGUCCUUGUUGUACUUGGGAAUCAUCCUCCUUGAGAUCCCUUCAAACUACAUGCUACAACUUGUCGGCCCACGUCUAUGGAUCUCCUUUCAGGUGCUCGCUUUCGGUCUGGUCGGCGUAUUACAAGCCUUUCAGAAGGGUUAUGGCGGUUACUUGGCUACAAGGAUAAUGUUGGGCGUGACUGAAUGCGGAUAUAUUCCAGGUGCACUGUUCAUCAUCUCGACCUUCUAUAAACGGUCUGAGUUGGCCACGAGAAACUCCAUUUUCUUCAUCGGCAAUGGUCUGGCAACCGCUACCUCUGGUCUCCUAGCUUAUGGCAUCCUUCCUCUGGGCACUCGAUUCCCUUCGCACAAGGGUUGGCAAUGGCUCAUGAUCGUUGAAGGCUGCAUGUCGAUAUUCAUCGCUGUUCUCCUCCUACUCUUGCUGCCUGCCUCGCCACAUUGUCCCAAGCCCCUGUUUCUACCCAUCCGAGUAUGGACACCCAGUCAAGAGAAGAUCUUAGUAGCUCGAAUGGCUAAAGAUGAUGAGAAAAAUAACAGGUCGAGCCAUAGACUUACCCUCAAGGAUAUCACCAGCACUUUGUCAAACUGGAGGGUUUGGCCUCACGUCUUAAUUGCGAUCUGCCUCAUCUCGCAAACUGGAGCUCUGGGAACGUAUGGGCCUACAUUGAUCAAAGGAUUUAAUUUCGAUACCCUCACCGCCAAUGCUCUUUCCUCGGUAUCUGGAUGGAUCGGUCUUGUUACCACAGCCUCUUUCGGAUUCUUCUCCGACAGAACCCGGAUCCGGGGACCCGUUGUCGUGACGGGACUUGCAUUGGUAUGGGCCUUCUGGCUUGCCUUCCAGCAAAAAUCCCUUUCCACUGAUCGAUGGCUGAAGUAUGGGCUUCAAAUUAUGGUGCAAGGUUUUUCGAUCCCCUCUCAUCCGAUCAACGCUACUUGGCUCUCGCUCAAUUGCAGAAGCCCUCAAGAGCGUUCCGUCGCUAUGGCUCUCUUCAUCAUGGCGGCUAACUCGGGGGCUCUGGUAGGAAGUCAAUUACUCCGAGGGGAUGACUCUCCACUCUACAAGCGGGGCUUUAAAGUGUGCCUUUGCCUUGUUAGUCUCGGUCUCCUGGUGGCGAUCUUGCAGCACAUACAGUACAGACUGUCAAACAAGCGACUUGAAAACCGAAAAGAAGGUCAAGAGGAGAGCGGGGAAAGUGACGCGACCGCUUUGAAAUGGAGAUACACGAUCUGA